UGGAGUAGUGUGGUGCUUGUGGGUGUCCAGCAUGGCGUACCGGGGCCAGGGCCAGAAGGUGCAGAAGGUGAUGGUGCAGCCCAUCAAUCUCAUCUUCAGAUACUUGCAAAAUAGAUCGCGGAUUCAGGUGUGGCUUUAUGAGCAAGUGAAUAUGCGGCUAGAAGGCUGUAUCAUUGGUUUUGAUGAGUAUAUGAACCUCGUAUUAGAUGAUGCAGAAGAGAUUCAUUCUAAAACAAAGUCAAGAAAACAACUGGGUCGGAUCAUGCUACAAGGAGAUAACAUUACUCUGCUCCAAAGUGUCUCCAACUAGAAGUGAUAGAUGAAAUGAGAAAUUGUUUGGCAAUACCGUUGUGUUUUUUAGGUGUCUCUUGUUAGAGAUGUAGUUCUAAAACUUGUAUUCAUGUUG